GAAAGAUCGUAGAGAGAGAAAGAAACGUAAUAGGAGGGAAAAGAGAAACAUAUACGGAGAAGUAUGCUAAAUAUAUGUAUUAUGUAUAUAUACAUUUAUUAUCCAUAUAAUCCAACAGCGCAGUAGAAGCAACGCAAUCUGUAGUCUCUCUCUCUCGCUCUCUCUCUCCGGGAGAGGAGAGAAGAGAGGGGGAGAAAGGGCGAAAAGUGUGGGGAGAUGAGGACAAGCGUUCGGGGGUGCCACGCGUCGAGAUGUGAGUGGGGGAGGCCCGGCUCGCUUCCCGCAACCCUUCCUACGAUGUCAGUGUGGUGUGUUGUGAAGUUGUGAUGUGUAACACCCCCCACCCACCCCGCAACACACACACCCGCCCCACCUGGGAAUCCGUAUACUUCUGAGAUGUACAACCCUGUUCCCAACAAUGAAAGAAGAUGUUGCAGAAGCUAGCAAAAUGCUUAACAAAAACUGGGUCUUGAAGCGCAAACGCCGAAAGAUUCCAUCUGGCUUGGAUUCAUCAACUGUCAAAGAAGAAAAUUCUCAACCCUUGGAAUCAGUACUGAAUAAUCCUUCAUCUAAACGUGGGGUGAAAGAUGAAGUUGCCUCAACUCGUUCUUCAAGCAAGAAAAAGGGCAAUGAUGGGUACUAUUAUGAGUGUGUUGUCUGUGACCUUGGUGGAAAUUUAUUGUGCUGUGAGAGUUGUCCUCGAACCUACCACAUUCAGUGUCUAGAACCUCCGCUUAAGCGUAUACCGACGGGGAAAUGGGAAUGUCCAAGUUGUAAUCAGAAGACUGAUCCCCUUGGGCCCACAAGUCCUUUAGAUUCUGUUUCAAAACGAGCUAGAACAAAGGUCACUACUACUGGGAAAUCUAAAAAUGAGAAUAAAUCAUCUGGAAGUACUAAGAUGUCUAAGAAUAUUGGAGGUUCCAUUCUUGAUAAUCGAAGAUUGUCAAGUAAAGAAAAAUCUUCUUUGUCUCAACGAGUCCAAAAGGAGAAGUUGGAUCCAUCCCCAAAUAGUGUAUCUUCAAAGACCAAACUCACCCAUGCUUCAGGGGAUGGGUCUGCUGGGUGCAGUUCAUCGUAUGUGAGUGUUGAAGAUGAGUCAGAGGAGAAGAAGCCAAUCUCUCCUGGUAAGGGAGUUACUUCUUUGUCAAAUGUAAUAGAUUCAGAAACAAAUGAAGAAGCUUCUGUGAGAAGGCCUCGGUUGUCAAGCACUGAUAAAUCUCCCAUGGAUAAAUGCACCACUUUAAUGGAUUCUGCUUCACGGAAAGAUAGGAAAAGGAAACAUGACUUCUUCCCUGUUGAUAGUUGGAAGAAGCGUAGAACUGAUAAGUCCAAUCAUACUGCCAAGACAAAAAAAGGUAAAUCUGAGUCAAACUGUGCGCAUCCAGGGGCCAAUAAAUCCCAAAGGAAACUCAAGUCAAUUAACCAUGAAUCUUCUAAGAUUCUGCCAGAACAGGAUGUUGGAAAGGAUACUGUUGAUGAACAUCUUAAAGAACAGAUAGUCUCUGAGGGAGCAUCUCAUCCAUCUAACGAGUUAGGAAAAGUUACAGUUGAACCAGUUACAAAUGAAGAAAGUGGGCUUGAUGCUCUACAGGUUGAUAGGGUACUGGGAUGUCGAGUUCGAGAUGCUGAUGCAAGAAAUUCAUGCAAUACCCUUGUAGCACCCGCAAAUGACCCACAAUCAGAGGGUUCCCCUGUUCCUAAAGAUGAAAAUCAGUUGAAUGAGAUAGCUUCCACUGAUGGCUCUCAAGGUCUUGCAGAUUGUCCUGAUGAAGGAAGGAUCACAGAAAAUGAUAUCGCAAAGGACAAGUUUCAAGUAUACAGAAGAUCAAUGAUCAAAGAGAGUAAAGAAGGAGUUAAUUCAGUGAGAAUAGAGGAUGAGGCCUCGGGAGACUACCUUGCAAAUGAAGAAGAAUUUGCUAAAACCAGCGAAAAAACUUCAAAGGAAACUGAUUCCUGUGUAGAGAUCCGUGACAGCAAUGAUAAUAUGGAAUGCUCUCAAAAUUUUGCUUCUAAUCAAUUAGGAAAUGCAAAGGUUGUUGAUACAGCUUUGGAAACCAGUAGCACCUCCCAGAAGAAACACAAGGGGUCUACCUUGGCUGAAUCUUCGAACUCCAAUGGAGUAACUGUCUCGUAUGAAUUUCUGAUCAAAUGGGUUGGGAAAUCUAAUAUUCAUAAUACAUGGUUACCAGAGUCUGAGCUGAAAACAUUGGCAAAACGAAAGCUGGACAAUUAUAAGGCAAAAUAUGGGACAGCUACAAUAAAUAUUUGCGAGGAGCAAUGGAAAAUCCCUCAACGAGUAAUUGCUGUUCGGUCUGCUUCAAAUGGUGCAACUGAAGUUUUUGUAAAAUGGACCGGUCUCUCAUAUGAUGAAUGCACUUGGGAAAGGAUAGAUGAGCCUGUGAUCUCAAAAGCAUCCCACCUGAUUGAUCUAUUUCACAGGUUUGAAUCCCAAGCAUUGGAUAAAGAUGCUAUCAAGGAUGACACAUUGAAGAAAAGAAAUGAACAGCAAAGUGAUAUAGCUUCUCUCACUGAGCAGCCUAAAGAACUCCAAGGAGGUUCGCUAUUUCCCCAUCAAAUGGAAGCCUUGAAUUGGCUGCGCAGGUGUUGGUAUAAGUCCAAAAAUGUUAUUCUUGCUGAUGAGAUGGGGCUUGGGAAGACGGUGUCUGCUUGUGCUUUUUUGUCAUCAGUGUACUUUGAGUUCAAAGCUAGAUUGCCUUCUCUUGUCUUGGUUCCUUUGUCAACGCUGCCAAACUGGAUGGCAGAGUUUGCACUGUGGGCUCCUGAACUAAAUGUUGUUGAUUAUCAUGGGAGUUCCAAAGCAAGAACCAUAAUCCGUCAAUAUGAAUGGCAUGCCAGCAAUCAAAAUGGUUCAAACAAAAAAACUACUUCCUACAAAUUUAAUGUUCUCUUAACAACUUAUGAAAUGGUUCUUGCGGAUUUGUCUAAUCUGCGUGCAAUUCCUUGGGAAGUUCUUGUGGUGGAUGAGGGGCAUCGUUUGAAAAAUUCUAGCAGUAAACUUUUUGGCUCACUCAACACAUUUUCAUUUCAGCAUCGUGUGCUGUUGACUGGUACUCCUCUUCAGAACAACAUAGGAGAGAUGUAUAACUUACUCAACUUCUUACAGCCAACAUCCUUCCCAUCCUUGUCUUCGUUCGAGCAGAAGUUUAAUGAUCUUACAACUGCAGAAAAGGUAGAUGAAUUGAAGAAACUUGUUGCUCCACACAUGCUCCGAAGGCUUAAAAAAGAUGCCAUGCAGAACAUUCCCCCUAAAACAGAACGGAUGGUUCCUGUUGAGUUGACAUCUAUUCAAGCAGAAUACUAUCGUGCAAUGCUCACAAAGAACUAUCAGGUUUUACGCAACAUAGGAAAAGGUGUAGCACAGCAAUCGAUGCUGAAUAUUGUUAUGCAGUUGAGGAAAGUGUGCAACCAUCCUUAUUUGAUACCCGGUACUGAGCCUGAAACUGGCUCAUUAGAGUUCCUCCAUGAAAUGCGGAUAAAGGCUUCUGCAAAGCUGACUCUGCUCCAUUCUAUGCUCAAGAUUUUGCACAAAGAAGGUCACAGAGUCCUUAUAUUUUCACAAAUGACAAAACUUCUGGACAUUCUUGAGGAUUAUUUGACAAUUGAAUUUGGUCCCAAGACAUAUGAGAGAGUUGAUGGAUCUGUUUCAGUUGCUGAUCGUCAAGCAUCAAUUGCACGUUUUAAUCAAGAUAAAAGUCGUUUUGUGUUCUUGUUAUCGACACGCUCUUGUGGCCUUGGAAUCAAUCUAGCUACUGCAGAUACUGUCGUCAUUUAUGAUUCAGACUUCAAUCCACAUGCUGAUAUCCAAGCAAUGAAUAGGGCACAUCGGAUUGGACAAUCCAAUAGACUUCUGGUAUACAGGCUGGUUGUUCGUGCUAGUGUCGAAGAGCGCAUACUGCAGCUUGCAAAGAAGAAAUUGAUGCUUGACCAGCUUUUUGUGAACAAGUCAGGGUCGCAGAAGGAGGUGGAAGAUAUCCUAAGAUGGGGAACUGAAGAACUUUUUAGUGAUUCUUCUAACACAACAGGGAAUGGGCUAGGUGAAAACCUGAACAAUAAAAUUGAAGCAGUUAUGGAAAUAGAGCAGAAACAUAGGAGGAAGACUGGGAGCCUUGGGGAUGUAUAUAAGGAUAAAUGUGCUGAAAUCAGUACAAAGAUAGUGUGGGAUGAGAAUGCAAUUUUCAAGUUGCUUGACCGAUCAAACCUCCAGUCUGAUUCACCUGAUAGCAAUGAAGCUGAACUGGAGAGUGAUAUGCUUGGUUCAGUGAAGGCUUCGGAGUGGAAUGAGGAAGCAACUGAAGAACAGGCCGGAGAAAUGAUGCUGGCAAAUGAUGAUACAAGUACACAGAACUUAGAGAAGAAAGAGGAUAAUCUAAUUGGUAGCAGCACUGAAGAAAAUGAAUGGGACAGGCUUCUGCGAGUGAGAUGGGAGAAAUACCAGAGCGAGGAGGAAGCAGUUCUUGGUCGUGGUAAACGCCAAAGGAAGGCUGUUUCUUACAGGGAGGCAUAUGCCGCACACCCCAAUGAAACACUAAGUGAGAGUGGAGCGGAAGAAGAUCAGGAGCAGAAACCUGAACCAGACCUUGAACCUGAGAGAGAAUAUACUCCAGCUGGAAGAGCACUUAAGGCGAAAUAUACUAGGCUUCGUGCUCGACAAAAAGAAAGAUUGGCUAAAAGAAAUGCGAAGGAAACUUCUGCACCUGUUGAGGGAUCCACUGGAACCCAGUAUUUUGCACAACUCCUUCAGUCACAAGCUCAGGAUGGAAAUCAACCAGCUUUAUUCAUUCAACCUAGUGAAGAGAAUUCUUCAGCUCUGUUCUUAGAUGGUAGUAGUUCUGGGCAGACUUCAGAGGGGCGAAAAAACAGGACUGACUCAACUGUAAGGUUGGUAAAAUUGCCCAAACAUCAUGGUCAACCAAAUCUAGGAGAGGGCCCAAGCUAUAUGAACUCAGAAGCUGAGAACCCCCUUGUUAUUGGAUUAUGUGCUCCAAAUGCCAACCCAAUGGAGUCAUCACAGCGGAAGUUUUCAAGAUCAUACAACAGAAAGAACAGACUGGGAUUGGGACCUGACUUGCCGCCUAGUAUUGCUCCUUGUCCCACAACCUCAGAUGAAAUGGGAACUAAAGCUCAUGAAACUAUAUCUGGCAGAUUUAAAUUGCCAGAUCCUCCACUUGAUGUUUCCCAAUCGCGACCAAAGAUUAGCAUUCCUGAUUUGUAUCAUCCAUUUAAUCCACAUCCUCUCAUUUUCCAGCAAGGCAAAGGUUCUACUGUUAAUUUAGAGAACUCUGCCAGUAGUUUUGCAGCUUUUCAAGAAAAAAUGGCACUGCCCAAACUACCUUUUGACGAAAAGUUGUUGCCCAGAUAUCCAUUUCCCACCGGGAACUUUCCCCGUCCACACCCUGAUUUAUUCCCAAGUUUGUCAUUAGGAUCAAGAGUCGCAGAUGUGAAUGAGCCGCAUCAUGACCAUCCAACAAUGCCAUUGUUUCCAAACCUCAAAUUUCCUAUGCCUGAUGCGCCAAGGUGUAAUCAGCAAGAGCCAGAGGUGCCUCCAACACUAGGAUUGGGACAGAUGCCUUCUAAAUUGUCACCAUUUCCUGAAAACCAUAGGAAAGUUCUUGAAAAUAUAAUGCUAAGAACUGGAUCGGGAUCAGGAUCAGGAAAUCCAUUCAAAAAGAAAUCCAAAAUGGAUAUUUGGUCUGAAGAAGAACUGGAUAACCUGUGGAUUGGGGUUCGCAGACAUGGACGGGGCAACUGGGAUGCUAUGCUGCGAGAUCCUAGGUUAAAGUUUUCCAAGUUCAAAACUGUGGAAGAUUUGUCAAUUAGAUGGGAAGAGGAACAGACCAAAAUUUUGGAUGUACCAGCAUUCCCUGGCAAGGGACUCAAGCCCCCUAAAUCAGGGAAAUCAAGCUUGUUUCCAAGUGUCUCUGAUGGAAUGAUGACUAGGGCAUUGCAUGGAAGUAAAUUUAGUGGACCACCAUUGAAAUUCCAAAACCAGCUUACAGACUUGAAAUUGGGUUUUGGUGACUUGCCUCCCAGCUUAUCUCGUCUGGAACAUGCUGAUCAUCUCAGUCGCAUAUCUCCUCUUCCUCCAUGGAAUCCCGACAAGUACCCACUAAAUGUCCCUGGAGACUUAAAUGCAGGACCCUCUGAUAGGCUGGGAGCUCCCUCAAAAUUUCUCAUGGAGUCCCCAUUGCUGUUGAGUUCUUUGGGUACAAGUAGCUUGGGGUCUCUUGGUGUGAACUGCCCACCCAGCUUCAGUUUGCCACAAAAAGAGGCAGAAGAAAGUGCAAGUAGAUUUGGAAAAUUAUCAAGCAUUCUUGAUCGAUCACUCAAUUUCUUGCCUGAUAGUAACAAUAAUGUCGGAAAUGGUGAAUCCAGUGGUUUUGCAUUGCCUUCAGAUGGAAGUAAGGGAAAAUGUAUUCCCCAAUCAAAAGGGAAAGAGGUGGCAGAAUGUAGUUCACCGAAGAAUAAGCUCCCUCACUGGCUUCAAGAAGCCGUGAAUGUUCCUCCAAAGUCUGCUGCACCUUCACUGCCACCUACUUUGUCUGCAAUUUCACAUUCACUCCGCCUGCUGUACGGGGAAGAGGGCCCUACAAUUCCUCCAUUUACCGUUCCUGCUCCACUGCCCUCUCAACCAAAGGAUCCCCGACUGAGCUUGAAGAAGAAGAAAAAGAAGAAACAGAAAUUGCAUAUGAUCCCGGAAUUCCUGCAGACUUUAAAAGGAUCUGGUGAUACCCUCCAAAGCCACCUUCCUGGUGAGAAAACUGGUUCAAGUGUAGUUCCUCAAGACCAAUCAUCUUUCAUGCUUUUGAAAUCACUUGCUAGUACCUCAGAAUCCCCAUCAGUCGAACCCGACCUUGGUAUGUCUACUCUGAGUCAGAACGUGAUGAACCCUUCAUCCUUACCCGCUAACCCAUCUCUGCAAAAGAUGACUACUCCUGGUCCCGGACUGUCUCCUUCCCCGGAAGUGCUUCAAUUGGUUGCAUCCUGUGUGGCCCCUGAUCCACCGCCUAGCCUUACAACAGAUAUUAACGAAAACACAGCCCCACCUCCCCUUUCUGCUGAUGAAGGAACAUCCCCACCCACCCAUGAGAAAGCAAGCGAUACCUCUGCUCCUGGCAAGUCAGGUUCAUUCGAGGAGGAUAAAGAUCAAAGCGAGAGCAGGGAUUCUAGCCAGACUCAGUCAGAUCCAGCUCGAGGCAGGCAGCAUGCUGUUGAGGAAAUAUCUUCCGAAGGGACCGUGUCUGAUCACCUUGCUAUUGAACCAUGAACAAUAAUAGGCUUAAUUUUUUUUUUUUAAUGGACUUGAUUGGAACUCUGCUUGUAGUUGAAGUUGCAGAGCCUCGACCCGAACUCAAAAUUUUUGUAGAGCAUGAUGCAAUUGCACAGACUGUCAAAUGAGUAAGUGUAGUAUAGUUAGACCAAUUCGUAAUGUAAAGCCUCUGUAAGAGAAAUGAAAUGAAAUAUAGGAUGGUGUAAUAGUGGUAUUAGAAAAAAGGAUCUUUAGCCCCUCUGGUUUUGAAGAUUAUGCAGAAAAAGGGAUUUAUUGCUUUUA